GUUGCACUGAACAGGUUCGUCCCCUCCUACGGUCUUCACAGCGACACGACCGUAAGCCCCUCCCGAAUUCCUCGCCGUCGACUCUUCCCUUCCCUUUCCGCCCAUCGGAAGUUUUCGUUCCUGCUCACCAGCUAGUUUGACACCAUGGUCUCAUUUGAGAUGAAUGAUCUGAAAAAAAUUGGGCUGGGCUUGACGGGGUUUGGGAUAUUUUUCUCAAUCCUGGGAAUCAUCUUUUUCUUCGAUAAGGGACUUCUGGCUAUGGGGAAUAUUCUCUUUCUGUCAGGCGUGAUGCUGACCAUUGGGCUGAAAUCCACGAUGCAGUUUUUCACUAAGCCUAAGAAUUUCAAGGGUACAAUUUCAUUUGGAUCUGGCUUCACUUUAGUGCUUAUUGGAUGGCCUGUCAUUGGCAUGAUCUUGGAAUCGUAUGGAUUCAUCAUUCUCUUCCGUGGCUUUUGGUCAACACUAGCGAUAUUUUCACAAAGGAUCCCUAUAAUUGGCUGGUUACUCCAACAGCCAUUUGUAUCAUCGUCAUUCUGCAUUUUUCAUCUCUUGUUUUGCAGUUCUUUAAUCGCUACAGAGGCAAUAGAGUCCCGGUAUAAUUGGUCAACAAAUUUUUUUGUAGAUGCAUGCCCAACAUAUUGAAGUUCUAUGUGCAUAGCAGUCAACUAAAGCUCCAGACUGGCGAUUUUACUUUUUCAUUCUUGUGUUGGAUUAAAGGUUUGAAAUUGUUGUCAGAUAAUUGAUAUCUUGAUUAGGUUAAUUACUCGAUCCCUGUAAUAUAGCCUUUCCCUUGGAUGUCAUGAGCUUGUAGAUAUACUUUUGAUCAAAGUAACAUAAUCUUUUCUGCAA